AUGAGUGCCAUGUUGGAAACCCCUGAGCUGCCAGCAGUGUUUGAUGGGGUGAAGCUGGCUGCAGUGGCUGCUGUUCUGUACGUGAUUGUUCGCUGCUUGAAUUUAAAAAGCCCAACUGCCCCUCCUGAACUCAUUUACCAGGACUCUGCUUUGGCCCGCUUUCUAAUCAAAUCCUGCCCACUUCUCACCAAAGAGUACAUCCCACCCCUGAUUUGGGGGAAGAGUGGACAUAUCCAGACUGCCCUCUAUGGAAAAAUGGGGAGAGUGAGAUCGCCACAUCCCUACGGACACCGCAAGUACCUCACGAUGCCUGACGGAGCCACAGCCACCUUUGAUCUCUUUGAGCCACAGGCUGAGCACUGCAUUGGAGAGGACGUCACGAUGGUGAUCUGCCCAGGGAUUGCUAACCACAGUGAGAAGCAGUACAUCCGCACCUUCGUGGACUAUGCACAGAAAAAUGGCUACAGAUGUGCUGUCCUGAAUCACCUGGGAGCUUUACCAAACAUUGAGCUCACUUCUCCACGAAUGUUCACGUAUGGUUGCACCUGGGAAUUUGGUGCCAUGGUUAAUUACAUCAAGAAGACCUACCCUCAGACCCAGUUGGUGGUUGUGGGCUUCAGUCUGGGUGGAAACAUUGUGUGCAAAUACCUGGGAGAGAGCCAGGCCAACCAGGAGCGGGUCCUGUGCUGCGUCAGUGUGUGCCAGGGGUACAGUGCCCUGAGGGCACAGGAAACCUUCAUGCAGUGGGAUCAGUGCAGAAGAUUUUAUAACUUCCUCAUGGCAGACAACAUGAAGAAGAUCAUCCUUUCUCACAGGCAAGUUCUCUUUGGAGAUAAUGUGAAGAAGCCCCAAAGCCUGUCAGAUGCUGAUCUGAGCAAGCUCUAUACAGCAACAUCCCUUAUGCAGAUUGAUGAUAAUGUUAUGAGGAAGUUCCAUGGCUACAGUUCCCUGAAGGAAUACUAUGAAGAAGAAAGCUGCCUGCAUUACUUGCACAGGAUCUAUGUUCCUCUUCUGUUGGUUAAUGCUGCUGAUGACCCUCUGGUGCAUGAGAGUCUUCUGUCAAUUCCAAGAGCCCUUUCAGAGAAAAGAGAAAAUGUCAUGCAUGUGCUGCCCCUUCAUGGAGGCCACCUGGGAUUUUUUGAGGGGUCUGUACUAUUCCCAGAACCUCUCACCUGGAUGGAUAAGCUUGUGGUACAGUAUGCCAAUGCCAUCUGCCAGUGGGAGAAGACAAAGUCUCACUGCUCAGACACAGAGCAGGCUGUAUCUGGCCAGGAGUAGUUGACCCAAAGACUCUGGAUCACUUCUAUGUAUCUCCCUCUUUGGGAACAUCUUGUUCCCUCACCUGCUGCUUCAGGUUUCC